AUGAAGCCUCCCCCUCUUCUGACCUUCCUUAGCCUCCUGGUGGCCCUGGCUGGCGGGAACCUGCUCCAGUUUGGGGUGAUGAUUGAGAAGAUGACCGGGAAGUCGGCGCUGCAGUACAACGACUACGGCUGCUACUGCGGCAUCGGCGGCUCCCACUGGCCGGUGGACCCGACGGACUGGUGCUGCCAUGCCCACGACUGCUGCUACGGGCGCCUGCAGAAGCUGGGCUGCGAGCCCAAACUGGAGCGGUACCUUUUCUCGGCCAGCAAGAGCAACAUCCUCUGCUCCGGCAGAACGACCUGCCAGCAAGAGACCUGCGAGUGUGACAGGACGGCUGCACUCUGCUUUCGCCAAAACCUGGACACCUACGACCGCAAAUACGUCCGCUACCCCAACAAGCUGUGCACAGGCCCCAGCCCACCCUGCUAA